GCCGUGACCAAUCGUGAUGGAGUUGACCCAGUUAGAGCAAUUUGCGGCCGGUGACGUGGAGGCGUGGCUCGAUGAGUUCGACGGAAUUGCGGCUUGCACGGGUGUGAGGGGGGAUGCAAAUUUGCUAAUUGCUUUGGGCACACGGUUGAGUGGACGAGCCAAGGCGGUGUAUCUGCUCACUCGAAAGGCCAAACCCGGUUGUUCGUUCGCUGAGAUGAGGGCUGCCUUGUGUGCAGAAUUUGGGAAGGAUCUGGAGAGAGAACGAGCACUGCAACGAUUUCACGCAGCCAGGUGGGACGAACAGGAGGAUUUGAUGGUGUUUUUCCAGCAGCUGGACAGACAUCUAAC